AUUCGCCAAAGACUGUGGACACACACUAGGCUACAACUGGAUAGUCGGAGAUCGCAAAACUACGCCCAUUUCAUGCAUUUAUUUCAAUGGACUUAUUCACAGGACUUUUACCAGAGACUAUGAAAGGCUGUUGACGACUAACUCUGCCAUUGGCUGAAAGGGAACCCAGUAGAGCAGCCUGAGCACAUAGGUUGUGUGUGCAGGGAAAGAACCAACAAUGGCCGCCAAUAGAAUCAGGGCGACCAACAACAUUGCACUGCCACGCUGCAAGUCAGAGGGGACACUCAUUGAUCUCAGUGAUGGAGUCUCUGAAUCUAACUGCCUCACAGAUGUCAAAGUGCCUUCUCCCAGUGCCUUAAGACUGGACGCCACUGCCUCCUUUGGCACUGCCAGGGAAGUCGUUGCCAUUAAGGAUUACUGUCCCUCCAGCCUU